AUGCCCUACAUUGCCCUCGAACCAUGGCAUCGCGUGCACGACGUUUCUUUUACCAUGACACUGCAUCCCAUUUUGCCACUUACAGUAUGGCACAGUCAGUAAGUCACGCUCCGGUGCCCCCUUUGACCGUCACUUGGUCACUUUUCCUUCACGUUCCAUCACACCAGCGUGGCGCCUCCAACGCCGGCUUUACGUGGACAGACAAGCUGACCUUUCCCCUCGCCGCCCGUCUUCCUUGCUGCAGUCGGUAUCGAUCUGGGAACAACAUAUUCAUGCGUUGGGUAAGCCUCUUGUUCAGUCUUGAAACGUCUUUGUGUGUGUGCACGGUUCGAGCGGGGCCUGCGGUGGACCCGGGGGCUCUGGCGGGCAGCACACGUCGACGGGCACCCUGCUCGCACGCGCUUCUCGACGUUACGAGGCGCAACUGCACACCAGGAUCGUACAUCGUAGUAGUUCACGGGUUGCCAGCGGCUGCCGCUCGGGAGGGCUGUCUACGAUUGAUAAGUCUCUUCGAGUCCGUCUCGCGCCUGGCGGCCUCGAUGACGAAGAAGAACGGCUCGCUUCCCGUGGGAGAUAGCGAGCCACGUAGCCUCACAGAACCCGUUGCCGCGACUCGCACACACGCUUUCCCCAUUUUCCAGGGCAGUUCGCUGAUACGUGCUUCAUUCCCAUAGCUUACAAAAGAACGGCCGGGUCGAAAUCUUGACCAACGAUCAAGGUAACCGUAUUACACCAUCCUACGUCGCUUUCGCGGCCGGCUCCGGCGAACGACUCGUCGGUGACGCCGCCAAGAACCAGGCCCCUUCGAACCCUACCAACACCAUCUUCGACAUCAAGCGUUUGAUCGGUCGCCGCUUCACGGACAAGGCCGUCAAGGAGGAUAUCAAGCACUACCCCUUCACCGUCAAGCCCGGCAAGCAUGACCAGCCCGUCGUCGAGGUCUCUGUCGGCAACGAACGCAAGACCUUCACCACCGAGGAGAUCUCGGCCAUGAUCUUGGGCAAGAUGAAGGAGACCGCCGAGGCCUACUUGGGCAAGAAGGUCACCCACGCCGUCGUCACCGUCCCGGCCUACUUCAACGACGCUCAACGACAAGCGACCAAGGACGCCGGCACGAUCGCCGGUCUCAAUGUUCUCCGUGUCGUUAACGAGCCCACCGCCGCCGCGAUCGCCUACGGUCUCGACAAGACCGGUGGCGAGCGCAACAUCAUCGUCUACGAUCUCGGGGGGGGAACGUUCGAUGUCUCGCUCCUCUCGAUCGAGGACGGUGUCUUUGAGGUAUUGGCCACCGCCGGUGACACCCACUUGGGUGGUGAGGACUUUGACAACCGCGUGAUCGACUACAUUGCCAAGACGUGGAAGCGCAAGCACGACGGCCAGGACAUCACCAAGAACUUGCGUACGAUGGGUAAGCUGAAGCGCGAGGUCGAGAAGGCCAAGCGAACGCUCUCGUCGCAAAUGUCGACCAAGCUCGAGAUCGAGGCCUUCUUCGAAGGCGAGGACCUGUCCGAGACCCUCACCCGCGCCAAGUUCGAAGAGCUGAACCUCGACCUGUUCCGCAAGACGAUGAAGCCCGUCGAGCAAGUGCUUAAGGAUGCCGGAUUCAAGAAGGAGCAAGUCGACGACAUCGUCCUCGUCGGUGGUUCGACCCGUAUCCCCAAGGUCCAGGAACUGCUUAAGGAGUAUUUCAACGGCAAGGAGCCCACCAAGGGUAUCAACCCCGAUGAGGCCGUCGCUUACGGUGCUGCCGUCCAAGGUGGUAUCCUCUCCGGUGAGGAGGGUCUCGGUGAUGUCGUCCUGAUCGAUGUCUGCCCCCUCACCCUCGGUAUCGAGACGACCGGUGGUGUCUUCACAAAGCUCGUGAGUCGCUGGACGCCCCAACGAAUUGUCAUCCGUUGUCGCUUGAUACUAAUUGCGUCCUCUCCCGCUACAGAUUGACCGCAACACCGUCAUCCCCACCAAGAAGUCCCAGAUCUUCUCGACCGCCGUCGACAAUCAGCCUACCGUUUUGAUCCAAGUCUACGAGGGUGAGCGUGCGAUGACGCGCGACAACAACCAUCUCGGCAAAUUCGAAUUGACCGGUAUGGCCCCCGCCCCUCGCGGUGUCCCCCAAAUCGAGGUCACGUUCGAGAUCGACGCUUCGAGUAUUCUCCGCGUCAGCGCCGUUGACAAGGCGACGGGCAAGUCCGAAUCGGUGACGAUCGAGAACGAGCGAGGCCGUCUCUCGCAAGAGGAGAUUGACCGAAUGGUCGCCGAGGCCGAACAGUUCGCCGAGGCGGACGAGCUUUUGAAGAAGAAGAUCGAGUCGCGCAACGCGUUGGAGAACUUCAUCUACUCGGUCAAGGGUCAACUUGCCGACACCAAGGAAGGUCUUGGCGCCAAAUUGGACAAGUCCGACAUCAAGACCUUGCACGCCGAGUUGAAAAAGUCGCAGGACUGGCUCGAGGCGAACGCCGAUGCGUCGGUCGAGGACUUGACCGAGCAACUUGAGACGCUCCAAGGCGUCGUCACGCCCAUCACGAGCAAGAUCUACGGUGGUGCCGGCGGAUCGGAGGAGCCCCUCUCGAACCACGACGAGCUUUAG